AUGACAUCUCCAAGAGGUUUUGAACCUUGCUGUCUCAAAUCAUUCAACUGGACCGGUACCCCGAGCGGUCACGAAUCGAAGCUCGCAGACAACCCAACCUACAUCACCGGAUCGAACUCUGAGGCUGCCGUCCUUAUCAUCCAUGAUGGCUUGGGCUGGAGAUUCAAGAACAACCGUCUUCUGGCUGACCACUUUGCCAAAGAAGCAAACGUUACAGUCUACAUGCCUGACUUCUUCGGUGGCGAGUCUCUCGACUUCUCCUUAAUUAAAGCCGGCAGAUGGGCUGAACUAGACAUGGAAGGCUUCAAAGCACGCAACAGCCGCUCCGUCCGCGAGCCCGAAGUCUUCGCCUGCGUUCAAGCACUCCGAGAUUCUGGCUACAAGAAGAUCGGAGCGGCGGGUUACUGUUGGGGCGGUUGGGCCGUGUUGCGUCUUGCGACCGAGAAGUUAGUCGACUGCGUGGUUUGCGCUCACCCUUCCAUGAUCACCGAGGCGGAUUUCGAUGGCUUGAACGUGCCGAUCAUGUUCCUACAGCCUGAGCAUGACGCAAUCUUCUCCGAUGAGGUGAAACUGUAUGCUUUUAAGAAGUUGGUGUUGGACAAGAAGAGUUUGCCGGUAGAGUGGAUACACUUCCCUGGUGUCAGUCAUGGAUGUUUGACAAAGGGGGACGAGACGGUUCCAGGAGAGAGGGAGGCCAUGGUCAAGGCGAAGGAUAGGGCUGUUACGUGGUGGAGGGAGUGGCUUCUUUGA